AUGUUUUCGACAGAGAUUGACAAAGUAGGAGUGGAUGAGGUCUUUGACCCAGCUGAAACCACUGCCGACUUCUACAGCGAGCUGAUAGAGGCAGUGGGAUUCGGGAAGCAGCUUAGUACGGGCUUCGAUGCCUUUGCUGCCAGCAUGCAGCAAGCUCCAAGCAGGCUGAUCCACUCGGCUGCCAAUGCAGCAGGUCGUGUGGCACUCAACGCAGCAGGGAGCGCCGCUGGCCGGGCUGGCAACUUCGCCGUCUCGGCCGGACAGGCCUCUGCGGCAACAACCUUCCGUGCCACAGCCUUCGGAGUGCGUCAAUCUGUACAGACUACCUGGUGUGUCGUUCGCCCGCCGCUGGCACAAGCGGUGAGCUACGUGGUCACUCCUUCAGGCUUCUUCACAAGUGCGUCCACGCUUUGCGCCCUCUUUUCCUUGCCUCUGGCGGCUUUGGCCGCUGUGGCCUCUGCGGGCGCCGUGGGCGCGGGCGCCGCUUCUGCGGCCCUGCAGACAUCAGCGGAGCUGGUGAGGACCGGAGCUUGUCGCGGUCCGGACGGCGCCGCCACCGCCCUGGAGGUGCUCCAGCGAGCUCUCCGAGAUCCUAAUUACGCCCGGGAGCUGGAAGACAUGCUCCGCACCGAGAGAGAGAACUCCAAAACACGGCGGCAGAAGCUCCUACGCCGGGCUCACACAUGGGCUACUAUGGUCAACAUUGGGAUCAUCGCGCGUGUCUCGCCGCGGGUCUCUGACGUCGUUUCUCGCAAAGUGCUCUCAAGCGGCCAGCCGCCUGGUCUAGAAGCUCUCAGGACAGCCCUCUUAACGGGUGGCCCGGGUGCUUUCGGAGCUCUGGAGGAGGUCCUUGCUGGUCAGCGCUCGGCCCUCGUGGAGUCAACCAGGCUGACCCUCGCUGUCAGCACUUGGUUGAACACUGCGGGCCACAACAAGGUGGACUUGCUGCGUUCCUCCUCUGGACGUUCGGUAGAGUGCAUCGCGAUCUCGGCCAGACACGUCGCCGAAUACCGUUCGCUGGGUCUUCGCGGCGGUUGCCAUGCAGCCUGUCGCGAUGCACUGGGUGUCAUGAGCUCGAGCCUGGCUGAAGGCCCUGCUGCGGCGGCUGUUUCCAGCAUUUCUGGUCUUGUCUACAGCCCUGUGAGCCUGGCCACGCGGUGGUUGCCUUUGUCAAUCCUCCGCGGAGGGGAGACGGCUGCCGCUGAGCAGUCGUCAUAA